UUUCCGGCGGCGUUAGCUAGCAUGAUGCGGCCGUGCUAGCGGUGUGUAGCUCUGUGUUGUUUGUCCUCUUUGAGUCUUCGCGGGGGAAAAUGUCCGGAUUUGAGGAUCUCACAGAUCGAUUCAAACAGCGGCUGCGCAGUGCGGCUCGAGACGAUCUGAUCACUCUCUUUGACGCGACAAUAUCCGGAUACGAUCAGGAGAUCGAUCGGCAGCAGAAGCUGCUCGCUGUGCUGUUCAACCCCGGAGAUGUCCAGCGGCUGUCGGUCAGUAAACAGGAGGUUCCCCCUGAGGAGCUGAAGUGGAGCCCCAGUCAGUUUCAGAACCUUACAGAUGUAUUCAAACGGCGGCUGCUAACUGCGGCUCGAGAAGAUCUGAUUGGAGAUUUCGAGACAACAAUAUCCCGAUACGAGAAGGAGAUUGACCGCCAACGAAAACUGCUGGAUGUGGUUUUAAAGCCUGAAAUAAAGCUGCGAAGAGCCGACGUCCAGCAGCUGUCGGUGAUUAAAGAAGAGGUUCCUCCUGAGCAGCAGCAGGAGUGGAGACCCAGUCUGGACCAGGAGGACCCAGAGCCCCCACACAUUAAAGAGGAACAGGAGGAAGUCGGGACCAGUCAGGAGGGAGAGCAACUUCAAGGGUUCACAUUCACUCCUGUCCCUGUGAAGAGUGAAGAUGAUGAUGAUGAAGAGAAACCUCAGUCCUCACAGCUUCAUCAAAGACAAACUGAACAGAUGGAAACAGAUGAUAGAGAGGACUGUGGAGGACCAGAGCCAGCCAGAAACUCAGAUCCAGGUGAACAUUUACAACCUGAUACGGAUGACGUCCAGCAGCUGUUGGUGAUUAAAGAAGAGGUUCCCCCUGAGCAGCAGCAGGAGUGGAGACCCAGUCUGGACCAGGAGGACCCAGAGCCCCCACACAUUAAAGAGGAACAGGAGGAAGUCAGGACCAGUCAGGAGGGAGAGCAGCUUCAAGGGUUCACAUUCACUCCUGUCCCUGUGAAGAGUGAAGAUGAUGAUGAUGAUGAAGAGAAACCUCAGUCCUCACAGCUUCAUCAAAGGCAAACUGAACAGAUGGAAACAGAUGAUGGAGAGGACUGUGGAGGACCAGAACCGGCCAGAACCUCAGAUCCAGAUGAACAUUCACAACCUGAUACGGAUGACGUCCAGCAGCUGUUGGUGAUUAAAGAAGAGGUUCCCCCUGAGCAGCAGCAGGAGUGCAGACCCAGUUUGGACCAGGAGGACCCAGAGCCCCCACAAAUUAAAGAGGAACAGGAGGAAGUCAGGACAAGUCAGGAAGAAGUCAGGACCAGUAAGGAGGGAGACCAGCUUCAAGGGUUCACAUUCACUCCUGUCCCUGUGAAGAAUGAAGAUGAUGAUGAUAAAGAGAAACCUCAGUCCUCACAGCUUCAUCAAAUACAAACUGAACAGAUGGAAACAGAUGAUAGAGAGGACUGUGGAGGACCAGAACCAGCCAGAAACUCAGAUCCAGAUGAACAUUCACAACCUGAUGUGGAUGGUAAGACUGAAGACUCUUCUGAAUCUGAGACUGAUGAUAGAGACAAUGAUUUUAAAGAGACCAGGGAACCUCAGUCAGACAUCCAGCAGCUGUCGGUGAUUAAAGAAGAGGUUCCCCCUGAGCAGCAGCAGGAGUGGAGACCCAGUCUGGACCAGGAGGACCCAGAGCCCCCACACAUUAAAGAGGAACAGGAGGAAGUCAGGACCAGUCAGGAGGGAGAGCAGCUUCAAACAUUCACUCCUGUCCCUGUGAAGAAUGAAGAUGAUGAUGAUGAAGAGAAACCUCAGUCCUCACAGCUUCAUCAAAGACAAACUGAACAGAUGGAAACAGAUGAUGGAGAGGACUGUGGAGGACCAGAACCAGCCAAAAUAUUUAGUCAAGGUACGCAUUUGCAGAAGUACAUGACAACUCCCACAGGUGAGAAACCGUUUAGCUGCUCAGUGUGUCAUAAAAGCUUUGGAUAUAAGAAUAAUCUGCAAAGACACAUGAGAACUCACACAGGGAAGACAACAUUUAGCUGCUCAGUGUGUCAUAAAAGCUUUGGAUAUAAGAAUAAUCUGAAGGAUCACAUGACAACUCAUACAGGUGAGAAACCAUUUAGCUGCUCAGUGUGCUGCAAAAUAUUCAGUCAAGGUAAGUAUUUGCAGGGCCACAUGAGAAUUCACACAAGUGAGAAACUGUUUAGCUGCUCAAUGUGUCAUAAGAGCUUCGGAUAUAAGAACAAUCUGCAAAGACACAUGAGAACUCACACAGGGGAGAAACCAUUUAGCUGCUCAGUGUGUCUUAAAAGUUUUGGAUAUAAGAAUAAUCUGAAGGAUCACAUGACAACCCAUACAAGUGAGAAACCGUUUAGCUGCUCAGUGUGCGGCAAAAUAUUCAGUCAAGGUAAGUAUUUGCAGGGCCACAUGAGAAUUCACACUGGGGAGAAACCGUUUAGCUGCUUAGUGUGUGAUAAAAGCUUUGGAUAUAAGAAUAAUCUGAAGGAUCACAUGACAACCCAUACAAGUGAGAAACCGUUUAGCUGCUCAGUGUGUGGCAAAACAUUCGGUCAAGGUACAUAUUUGCGGAAGCACAUGAUAAUUCACACUGGUGAGAAACCGUUUAGCUGCUCAGUGUGUGAGAAAAGCUUCAAUAUAAAGAGUAAUCUGCAGAAACACAUGAAGACUCACACAGGUGAGAAACCGUUUAGCUGCUCACUGUGUGAUAAAAGCUUUGGAUAUAAGCAUUCUCUGAAGGAGCACAUGAUAAAACAUACAGGAGAGAAACCAUUUAGUUGCUCAGUGUGCCAUAAAAGCUUUGGACUAAACAGUACUCUGCACAAACACAUGAAUACUCACACAGGUAAGAAACCAUUCAGCUGCUCAGUGUGCGGAAAAAUGUUCUUUCUAAAGAGUACUCUGCAGCUACACAUGAGAAGUCACACUGGUGAGAAACCAUUUAGUUGCUCAGUGUGCAAUAAAAGCUUUGGACAAAAGAGUAAUCUGAAGUAUCACAUGAGAAGUCACACAGGUGAGAAACCAUUUAGCUGCUCAGUGUGCAGUAAAGGCUUCAGUCUAAAGAGUAUUCUGCAGCGACACAUGAAAACGCACACAGGGGAGAAACCAUUUAGCUGCUCAGUGUGCGAUAAAAGCUUCAAUAUAAAGUGUAAUCUGCAGAAACACAUGAAGACUCACACAGAGAAACCUUUUAGCUGCUCAGUGUGCGAUAAAAGCUUUGGACAAAAGAGUCAUCUGCAGAAACACAUGAAGACUCACACAAGAGAGAAACCUUUCCGCUGCUCAGUGUGCCAACAAAACUUCAUUAUAAAGAGUACUCUGAAGAGACACAUGACAACUCACAUUCAGCUCAGUCUGCAGUUAAAACUUCUGUAUUAAAAGUACUAUGCAGAGACACAUGAGAACUCACAAGAGAGCAGCAUGAAAUGAAGAAUCCUGUUCAGCUGUUACAGACUAGAAACUAGACAUCAGAGAUGCACCAUGAUCAGAACAACAGUGGCUAGGUCUGUAACUAUUCUGAAUCAGAGUGAUGACAAUGUGACAAUGGAAAACAACUUUCCCCUGCCUGGCUUACGGGAUCGCUGGCUAACAACUCAGCAAGAGUUUACCCAUUUCUCCAGGAACCACUACACCACUGAACAUAGUGGGCAUAAAUAGCUGUGCACAGUUUAACUGUGUUCAUGACUAAGCACCGGACUGCUUAACUUUUGUAAAUGUAAUGUAUUGAUCUGGUUUUAUUGUUGUGAUUUUGUAAUGGUUUAUGUUAGGUUACUAUGUUACUCAUGUUCUACACUGCUAUGGUGAUCUUAGUUAAAUGUUAUGUUCCACACAGAAACAGUCUCUGUACAACUAACUCUGUUUAACUUGCCACUGUUCAUAUAAGAUCACCUCGGCCUUUAACACAACCACACACAGCAGAGAGGACCUUUUAAAACUCUGCUUUGUCUCUGCUGAACAAGCUCAACAUACAGUGCAACACACACACUCUGUUUUUAUUAUUUAGUUUAGUGCAUUGUAGUUUGAUCAUAUUGUGUAUUUAUACUUUAUCUUUGUAAUAAAUGCUUUCAAAUAUA